AUAUUUGCAAAAGAGAGCCCAAACAAUCAUAGACCUGAUAAAGAUGAUGUCAUUGUCUUAAUCACAGACGGCAUCCCAACGCGCAGUGGUGAAUCAAGGAAAUAUCCCCCAAGAUCAUCGGCACGCAAGUUGAGACAAAAAGGCGUAAGGAUUGUCGGGAUUAGUUAUUCUGACGUAUAUCAAAAUGUCAGGGAUUUUAUAAAAAAUAUAUCAACACCAGGUGAAGCACUUGAAACAUCGUUGGAGGAUAUUAAGAUGAUAGUGGACAGAAUUGUCGAUGGAUUUUGUCCACAACCUGCCACAGGUAAUAUUGUAAUCUAUCAAAAUCACCCAUUUGCAUUGAUUUGGCGCUACGCUACGCAAGAAAAGGGUAAUCCGACUCUUGCAACAAUAGAGGGUUGUGCUUUUUGAUACUAAUACUGAUCAGGCUUUAAUAACUUGGAAAAUCACACUUUUUUGUGCCAUUGUAAACAUAAGCGGUCAAGGACGAUUUGAAAUUGCUGGUGUAAAUCAGAAAUAAACUCUAAGAAUGGAUCACUACAGCUGAGCCUAAAAUUUUAUUAUAAAAUCAAAUUGUUCGAGUAGAUCCAAUACUGCAUUGGUGAAAAUGUGAUCCUGAUUGUUUUCGUAUUUUUUCAGUUCCAGGUAAGCCACAAAACGUAACAAUUGCUCUCAUUGGAAAUUCAAUAAAAGUAUCAUGGCUACCGCCAAAUGUUCCCAAUGAAGACAUCGACUAUUACAUAAUAUCGUGGAGAAAUGGAAAUGGCACUUUCGGUAAAAAGAACAUCACUUCGAGUCCUUUUAUUGUCCCAAAUCUAGGUAAAUAUGACAGGAAUAGUUAUUUAGAUAAAGCUAAAUGCACACUAAAAUUACAGAGAUUGAUUAUUUCUUUGCCGUAUUUUAAUCCCCGUGAAUCCAGACAUCUAGUGCAAUUAGUAUAGGACCUGUAUAGGAGUUUGUCUGCGUUUCAUUUACCACAGGUAAUCUCAACUGGUAAAGUGAUCAUGGCGGUCAGCAUAGCAUAUGUGCCAAAACCUGAAUCCGGGACGAAAGUCCCGAAAAUGACCCCACCCUGGAACGGCGCUGCCACAUACCUCUAACUUCGGAAAAGCAAAAGCGACAGCCUUUCUGAAGUGCUUAUAGUGUUUAGAAGGGUUGCUUUUAGGGGUGUUUAUUGGAAGGAAAAAUUUGUGUAAGUAUAAUAUUUUACAAGAAAAUGACCAUGCAUCACCCCAGGUAAAUUGCUAAUUAUGCAUAAAAUAACUAAUAUACAUGGCCGAGAAGUUAAAUGUCCUUAUUUCCUAAAAAAUUAUCAUGGGAUGAAAAACUAUGCUUAAUUUAAUAUAAUUUUUGUAGUUUUCAUAAGGAUAGUCAUAUUUUUCUAUAAAUAUGACAUAUUUUAUUUCACUUGCCCCCCACGAAAACACGAUUUCAGCCAUAUUUGCCAUCUUGUUUGCUUUAUAUCGCCGUGUCUCGCAAAUAACAUCCAGUUGUUGUACUUUUAGAUAAUGGUAAAUGGUUAAAGAAGAUUUCAACCAAGUUUCGGCAAUUUUUGAAGCAGUGCAGUGUAUUUUCUCUUCGAUAUUGUGUCUUUCGAUAUUUCGUCUAAUAUGCCGCCAUUUUAAUGGCUCGCCGAUUCUCUGUCCGAUAAAAGCCACUUCUUCGUCUCCAUAUGUAUUUAGAUUACAGUAUCCAAGAGUACUUCAUUGUAGAAUGUGUAAAAGUACAACAACUGGAUGUUAUUGCGAGACAUGGCGAUAUAAAGCAAACAAGAUGGCAAAAUAUGGCGGAAAUCGUGUUUUCGUUGGGGGGGGGGGGAGUGAAAUAAAAUAUGUUAUAUUUAUAGAAAACAAUAACUAUCCUUAUGAAAACUACAAUAAUCCCAUGAUAAUUUUUUUUAAGAAAUAAGGAUAUUUAAUUUCUGCCAUGUCUAUUAGUUAUUUUAUGCAUAAUUAGCAAUUUACCUGGGGUGAUGUAUAGUCAUUUUCUUGUAAAGUAUUAUACUUACUCAAAUUUUUCCUUCCAAUAACCACCCCUAAAAGCAACCGUUCUAAGCACUAUAAGCACUUCAGAAAGGCUGUCGAUUUUGCUUUUCGGAAGUUAGAGCUAUGUGGGCACUGGCGUUUCAGGGUGGGGUCAUUUUCAGGACUUUCGUCCCGGAUUCAGGUUUUGGCACAUAUGCCAUGUUGACCGCCAUGGUAAUUUUAUCCCAAAACAGUUGAGAUUACCUGUGGUGAAUGAAACGCAAACAAACCUAUACAGGUCCUAGACUAAAUACAAGUUUUUUUAAAAAAUGGAAAAUUCACGAUUUAGAUGUGUAUUUUUGCACAACUUUCCAGAAAACAACACACCUUUAACUGUGUCAUGUGCGUUACGCUAACCCAGAAAAGGUGUGUUUUAUACUUGUUCAGCAAACAACAUGCCUUAAAUCGCGUUAGUCCAAAAGCUUCAUUAGGAAACAUCCUUAGGUGUUGUAUUAGUAUUUCCAUGUGUUAAGAAAGCACAGCUUAAAUGUGGGUUGCUUUAGCACGUUCUCAGACGUGUUAUACAUCUGCUGAAACAGCACACAUUAGGUUAUGCUAAAACAACACGCCUUCUUAAGUAUUGAAAUUACACGAAUACACAUUUGAUAUUAUGUUUAAAAAAUACUUUAAUUCCAAUGUAUAUAAUAUCAGGUCUUGUAAGGUCUGCUGUAUAAUUUUAUUUGGCGGCUGCGAGGUCCGUACUGAAAAAAUAUUUUCCCGAAGUGUACGCGGUGGAGAUUGUAACAGGACUGUGGGAAGUUCGUUCUUGUCGACUAGGCUUUCGAUCUCGUCCAAACUUUCAAGAGGUGUGUCAGGUAGAAUGUACUUCUUGACAUGGCUUGUGUUCCUGGAACAUUGAUUUCCCGAUGCUCCUUCGACCACUACGUUAUUUCAACUCUUGCUAAAAAUCAUUAAGGGAUUUGGACUGAAGGUUGUACUGCGCUUGUUCUUCUUGUCUUGUUCUGUAGUACUUGGUCUCCCACUUUGAAAUGCGAAUAGGUGGCCACACUUCUUGUAUCCACGUAAACUUUCGCUGCUGCCUUUUUCUCUGCAUUCCAAUCUCGUACUUCCUGAUCGUGGAUAUUUUGCAUGUUUAGGUCCGGAAUCUUGCCUUUAAUAUUUCGAUUGAACGACUAUUUACCAGGUUUCUUUCUGGUUAUGUUAUGGGGUAGACUCCUGUAGGCCAUCAAAUAUUUUCUCAGUUCUGCUCUCCAAGGUUUUCCUUCUACUUGCGCUAUCUUCACACGCUUCACUAAUGACGCAAUUUGGCGUUCGACUUCUCCAUUAGCUUGCGUCCAUUACGGCGUUACUUUCUGGUGAUGUAUUCCGCUGUGUUCACAAUAUUCUUUAAACUUCUCAGACUGGAACUGCGGUCCAUUUCCCGACAUGAUUGUCAGUGGAACACCGUACUAUUGA